UGUCCGCGGUCGGCACCUCGCGAUGCGGAACGUCGCGUCGCGAAACGACGAUUGAUAAUUGUAAGUGCGUGCGCGCGCGCGCACGGGAGCAGGUGUGCGCGUGUGCGUGUGUAUGUGUAUGUUGCGAGUGUGAGGCUCGCGGAUUCGGCUCGACGUCACUCGAUUAGCUCGCCGGGCAUGGCGAUCGCGCGUUGUUAACGGCGACGUACGCGAACCGUUCACCGCAACGUCGUCCCCUCGGGAGGGCGAGAACGUCGUUCUGGAGGUGCCGCGAAGCGAAAUCGUACGGCUCGUCCUAGAGAGAGAGAGAGAGAGAGAGCGCGAGCGAGAGCAGGAGCUUGAGCGAGGGAGAGGGGGAGAUGCUCGGGCGCACAUGGUGACAUCGUCUUCCGGGUCAGUUGGAAAGUAGAACCGAGGCUUAAGCUCCGUGUUUAUUAAGGUUUCCCCCUUCCCCGGAUGACGCCGCCGCCGACGACGACGGCGUUCCUGCGGCACUUUUGGCGAGCUUACGGAGAGGCGACGCUUCCAUGGGGGGAGGCCUAUGGGGUGUAAUGGCGAUUGGGAAGAUCUUGAUGCAAUGAAGUGCUUGAAUGACAAUGGGCUGAAAUACUUGAAUUAGAAUACACAUAAUAUCAAAUACAUAUUAUCAGUGAGUUUACAGUCAGACAUGGCAGCCAUAGAAGAGAAAAAGCGAGUCGGUGGCUCCAAAGUGUCAGCCAUCGCGAACAUCUUCCAGUCCAAGCCGCAAUUGGACAAUUUAAACCAUAGAACGAACAAUAUUCUGUCGGAGGGAUUUAAAGAGCCAGCUGUCCCGCUGAAAGAAUCCCCGACGCAAGUAACAGUAGUCAGAACAGAGAGUCAUGUAGCACGUUUUAACAAUGCUCGAGCUCUCUUUGAGAAGCUCGGCGAGGAAAAUAAAUCAAACAAGCCGGUGGACCGGGUUACUAAACCCAACAACUUGCACGGUCUUCGAUCUCGCUCUAGUUCCGCGAACUCGGGUUCCGGGUGCACUUCUCCCGCGAGGUCGCCCCGUCCUCGUUCACCUUCUCCACCGGGCAGUCGCGAGCACCUGAGCACGUGGAGCGCUAGCGUACCUGCUUUGAACGCGGAGCGGCAUUUCGAGAACGGCCACUGUGCGCCAGAACGACGUCCUUGCGCAGGUAAGGUCGAGCGAACGUUAGGCAAAGAGAACGAUCGUCCGGAACGGCCGGAGAAACCGGAACGUCGGCCGAACUCGAAGGAGCUUAUCGAGAAACAGAAGAAUUGGACUAGCCACUUCUCCAAGACCAGACCGAGCCGCUACAACUCCGACCCGAAUCGCUCGUUGGUCCAGACAUCUCUAAACUCGCAGAACGCUCAGAACCAGAUCCAGCAAUCGACGUCUGUCGAUGCCUGUCAGAAUUCGGUGAGCGCGAUCAAUGACUCCACCAAUCCGGCGACCAGGUCGGCGAGCUUCUGUUCGGCACGUUCGCCCCCACCGCCACCUCCGCCUGUUCGGAAUUCGUCCGCAGCCGGCAGGAGAGAACGACCGGCGAGUAUAGCUGUCAACCCGUCCGAGCUAUUGGAAAGCCCGGAAUACGCGACGGUAGAGAGGUUUGACGAUAUCUCGCCAACCAUUCCCGAGUAUGCCGUUGUUCAGAAGACGAAGAAGCUCCAAGAUAAUACAAAAGAAAGUCAAGACGGUGGCGCUGGUAAGGCUCAAGAUGCCACAUUGCCAGAAUAUGCUGUUGUGCAAAAGAACAACUCGAAGGCAGCUUUGAAAUCAACAGAGAAGGAAGCUCCCAAGAUCAGUGCAAGUCAAAAAAGCACAGCACCUCCGGAGACAACUUCAGGAAAUAAGAUUGUAACUUCGAGGUCUACAGAAAGCGCCAAGGACAUUUCUAAGAUCACUUUGCAGAAUUUAAAAAGCUCGGCAUCUGUAGAUGCAGUUUCAGCAAAUAAAACUGCGGUUGUAAGGUCAGUAGAAGAGACCAAGGAGAUUUCCAAGCCCGUUGUGCAGAGUUCAAGAGGCUCACCAGUUGCGGAGGAAGUUCCAGGAUGCAAAAACGCAAUUUUAAAGCCAGCGGAAAACUCGAAAGAAACCUCGAAGAAUUCUGCACCCGCGGAUGGAGCACCAGUAUUCAAAACUGCGAUUUCUAAGCCAAUAGAGGAUUCAAGAGAAAAAACUGAAGGAUUAAAAGAAGUUAUAAAAUGCUCGACUGCUGCAGAAAAAACUGCAGAGUCUAAAACUGCCGUCACAAAUGAAUGUAAUAAUGAUCUUUCCGGGCAAACCAAGCCAUCACCAGUAUUACAUUACGAGGUUUCUAGUCCAACUCGAAGCGUCUCGACGGAUAACGUCCUAGUAAGGAGGGAGAGCGAUUUGCUGGAGGCACCGGAAUAUUUUAAUUGUCCUCCAAGCCCGAUUCACUCGCCGGCAAAGACCUCUGAAUGGAGAAAUGAGUGGCUGGCGAAGAACGACGAGAUCCUAAAGAGAACCGUGGAUCUGAAAAUCUCGACGAAGGAAGCCCCGGAGACCGAGUUGCGUAACGAAAUCAUUAGACCGGAUCCAAGGCCCGAUUGGGCCAGACCGACCGCAAAUGCGAAAAGGAAAGACACUGUGGUGGACGAGAAGAAGGGUGAACUGAUACGCUCUCCAGAAUCCGAACUGGGACUGCCUUCCGUAGGCACAGACAGCGCUUCCUCUAGCAUGAGCUCGCCUAGCUCACCCUCCAAGGAUAGCAAGGAAGAGAAGGCGGAAAAGGAAAUGUCGGAAAAGCAUCAGACAGGUCGCAAUAGUUAUGACUUGGAAACAGAGGACCAGGAAAAACCAGCCACGUAUCAGAGCUGCAUCUCAGAUAUGGAGAGCGUCUCCGAAAAGGACCAGUUUCAGUUCAAUGAAACAGACACGACUACAGUCAUUCGACGUUCUCACGUGCGUCUUGAUCUCCAGGCUGCGGGUUUAGGCCCACGUCCGCCUUCUGUAAUUAGUUCUGACCAGGAAUAUCCUCCACUGGAACAUAAGGAUAUUCCUGUGCCCUCUCCAUAUGCUAAAAAGCUACAGAGUGAAGAUACUGUUCCGCAGAGUAACGCUGAAUGCAAAAUACAAACUAAGCCGAGCACAGAAACGAAGAAUGAUAGCGAUACUACAGAGGUGAAGAUCAAUUCUACGUCUGAAGAUUCAUUGUCAGAGGCUAAAGUGAAGUCAAGCAGCGAUGGAGUAUGUCAGAAGACUGUCUCGAAUGCGAAGAACGAUCAAAUCAAGAUUAGUGUAAGGGAAAAGAUUGCAAAGAACAGGGAGGAAGUCUCUGGCAAGCGUUCCAGCUUUGUGGAGGCGGAAAGCAAGAUUGAUAGUGUAGACAAAGUGACCCACCGCAACCAGGAAAUGAACAAUUUUGGAUCUAUCGCAAAGGAAAGCAAUGAUGAGGAGAAAUAUACGACAGAAUUGGUGGCCAAUUCUGACGUCAGCAACAGAAAGGAUUGCAUUGCGGCAGUGAAUAAUGUUUUAAAUAGGAAAACGGAGGACGUGGAGCAAAUCCAGACAACGUGGGAGCAAGAGAAGCAGAAGGCCGAGCUGGCGAAGCUUAGAUUAUCAGAAAACUAUAAUCAGGGUUCUCCGCUGACAUCUAAUGUGAUUUCGCAAAAACAUUCUGGCAAAAAAAUUGAGCAUUCUGCAUCAGAAAGCAGUCAGAUCGAUGACAGUGACUCCAGUGAUACUAAAACCGUUACCAAUGUUGAGUGCGUGACGAUGGAUACGCAAAAUAAUUCUCCUAAAUUGACGGAGACACCUUCAAAAACUGGUGUCAAUCAUAUCGCUCCUGUGACGCCAGAUACCAUGACUCCGGACGAAGCUGAAAAUCUGCUGAGCUCUCGCAUCUUAGAGAAAAAGAUCAGACAAGGUUCGGCAUUGCUAUCGGAUGAGGAGGCGCAGGAGAUAGCGAGGCUGCUGUCUCCCACCGGUGCCGAUGGCGUGGCAGGUGAUGGGAUAUCUAAUGACAAGAAUAAGGAAGGACAGGACAGGGAUAGCAGAGACGACCAGGAUAACACGCCCGAUUGGCUGUCCGAUGUCCUGUCUGCUCCUGAUUCCAGUCUUAUCAAUAGCGCUACUCACGAUUAUAGUCUGUCCCAUAGAUCCCGCAGUGACCUGACGAUCGACUCGUUGACAGAGAGCCAAAUAGGAUCAGUGACUGGAAGUGAGAGUGGACUAUUAGGCUCCGUCAGCAGCUUAAACGACACUCAGGAAGCUAACGAUGAUACCGAAACUGAGCAUCAAGACGAAUAUGUUCCGACUCCAGGAAAAAUUGUACUCGUGGAAAAUGGUGUGCACUAUUUUGAGGACGGCCACUUUUGGAUGGAGGUCGCGGGAAUUCCGGAAUCCGACGAGGAUGACGAGGAUUAUCCAUCAGCCGUGCCUGUGAAGAAAACUUCCAAGGUGUCUUUCGACACCGGACCCAUGCGCGUUUACUCCACGCACUCGGUCAACGAAUACGAUCGUCGCAAUGAGGACGUUGAUCCUGUCGCAGCUAGCGCAGAGUAUGAGCUGGAGAAACGUGUCGAGAAGAUGGAGGUCUUCCCAGUCGAGUUGAUGAAAGGCCCGGAGGGUUUGGGUCUCAGCAUAAUUGGAAUGGGCGUGGGCGCGGAUGCAGGUUUGGAGAAGCUGGGCAUCUUCGUGAAAACUAUCACAGACAAAGGUGCGGCCGCGCGCGAGGGACGAAUCCAGGUGAACGAUCAGAUCGUCGAAGUCGACGGUAAGAGCCUAGUUGGCGUGACGCAGGCUUACGCUGCCAGCGUGUUGAGAAACACUUCCGGUCUUGUACGAUUCGUCAUUGGCAGAGAGAAGGAUCCCAAGAAUUCAGAAGUAGCGAUGCUGAUUAGGCAGAGUCUCCAGGCGGACAAGGAAAGAGAGCUGGCAAAUGCUGCCAAUAGGAAACUCAAUUUCUCUGAUGCAUCCCCCGAUGGCCAACGAGGCAGCGAAGAUAUCUCCAUCGGUAGCGGGAUCAGUGGAAUCCCCGGUUCGCCUGCGAUGUCCUCGUGUUCAGAAGGGGAACCAGCUCACAGCCCCAUCGAGAAUUAUCUAUCACCAUCUAGUCGUAGUCGAUCUCCGAUACUCGGCUCAUCCAUGCCACAACACACUGCCACUUCUCAAAGCGACGUAGACAGUCUGAGAUUGCUCUUGCAAGAGAGUCAAUGUAAACUUGCAAUAGCGGACGAGGAAGUUGAAAAGCUCAAAGCAAAGCUGGUGGAGUUGGAGAACAGCGGAGCGGGCAGUGAGGAAUACGCGGCCAAACUACGGGAAUCAGGAUUGCGUCUUCACGAGUCGGAAAGAGCGUUAAGUACUGCCCGCCAGGACCUGUCCACGGCCAGGGAGAUGUUGUCGCAAGCGACGGCGCAAAACGCAGCGUUGCAGCAAAAAUACGCAAGGGCCAGACGAGCCGCCAGAGAGCUGCGAACGGACAUUGCGGCCAGGGACGAGUUUUAUCAGCAGUUAUUGCAGGAGAAAGACACAGAGUACAAUGCGUUGGUGAAGAGUCUCAAGGACAGGGUGAUUACGCUGGAGGUGGAGUUGACGGAUACGCAAAGACGAUUCGGUCUGCCGGUACGGUUGCCAUACGACAAUACGACUGCCAGGAUAGUGACGCCGCAGCUCUCCCGCCGACAACUACCACCGCCACCUUCGUCGACCAGUUGCCAGCUUUCAGACACGGAGACUUCCGAUCUCAGUAGCCCAGACGAUGGCGACAAAACCGCGACUGUGGAGAGAAAACUGCCUCUACCAAUGCCGGUGAAGGAGGAACUAGAUCGCGCCGUACCAGCCCAUCGUUUAUUAGAUAAUUCCGCCGGCAAGAGCAAGGCAGAGCUGGCCAGCCGAGGCGGCCUGGCGAAUCGUCAGUUGCCCAAACGCUCCGGAGGCCUCAGCAAUAGCAGCUCCGAUUACGGUCUGGAUGAAUCGGGCGAUAAUACGGAUGAUGACUCUUCUUCAAAACUGACCUCGCAGGACAACAGCAGCAGGUCGCCCAAUGACUUUACGUGCAAGCAGUCCAAUUUGAGUUCUUACUCCAGCACUUCGUCUAUCAGUUCGCUCAAAGGCAAAUCGCACAUGGAUCCUAUACAUGCCACUAUGAUCCGGCAGCACAGUACUAUUAGCUCGCAAGUCAGAGCCAUGACCGAACAGAGCUGGCCACAGUCGCAGAAAACUUUAACUGGACCUCCUGCAUCACUGGCGGAACAACUGAAGCAAGUUUUAGCCGAGAGAGAGAAACGUCUUGGCGGAAAUGACUCCUCGCGAGAAAGCUCUGGAGACUUCAGUGAUCUCAAUAAUCCUCAUAACGAUCCAACGAUGGUUACGCAUCAUCUUGUGGAGGAGAUACGACAAGCUGUUAACGAGGCUAAUCAGAGAGUGAAAAAGGUGUCGAUUUCCCAAUCAAACUUAAUCAGCAGUGCAGGCGCACCUUGGCACCAUCCAGGAAGUUCUCCCUCAAGCUUAUCUUCGGGUGGUUCCGUGAGUCCUCCCGGUGUUGAUCCUAGUCCUUCAAAAGCUGGUAGUCUCGCAGAUUCGAGCACAGUUUGGUUGCCCGCUCACCUAAGCGACUUUGGUUUAGGUGACAAAAAAUCUCACUUCUGGCAGAAUGCACCAGUCAUGGAUUGGUCCAAAGAGCAAGUUUCCCAGUGGCUUACGGGAAUUGGUUUAGAGCACUAUUCGUCACAAUUUUUGGAUAACGGCAUCAACGGGAGCAAUCUGCUACGUUUAGAAUCGAGGGAAUUGAAGGCUUUAGGAGUUUACGACGAAGCUAAGACGCAUCUGAAGCGUAAACUGAAAGAGUUAAGAGCUCAGGCCGAUCGAGAGCGCAAGGAGCGCAAGGAAAUCGAGCGAAUGCGACGAAAAGCUGAAAAAGCCGCGCGGAAAAAAUAGCUCGAGAGCGAAGUAUAGACGCAUUCAAUAUCAAUUAGAGACGCCCGGUAGGAUAAUGCGGAUUUUCUCGACGCUAGGUGUACAGGGUAUCUCGAAAGAGGUCAAUAGAGGAAUUAAUAAAAUGAUUCAUACAUAUAUCUCAGAAUUUAUUUAUUGAAAAAUUUUAUUUAUUGAGAAAUAUUGGAGAUUGAAUUUGUUGUAAGAAAUUCGAAUGAAAAAGCCGUCCAUUUGAUAGGAUGUCAUCUAGAAAGUUACAUAUUCUUGUCAUAUUUAUGAAAGAAUUGUAUGUAAGCAAGUUUUUCAAAUAGUGUGCUUUUCUGACAGUUUUCUCUUUAGUUUAAUGUUUCUUAAAAUAAUUCAA